AUGCAAGCCCUCCGACAUGCCAGCACGCUGUCAUCAGGCAAAAUUCCCCGCGUGGCGGUCAUCGGGGCUGGCAUCGCGGGACUUCGGUGCUCAGACGUCCUUGCUCGCAGUGGCGUCAAGGUGACACUAUUUGAAGCGCGGAAUCGGAUCGGUGGGAGAGUCCACCAACUGGAAUCAGGUGGCUACCUCGUGGACAUGGGACCGAAUUGGAUUCACGGCACCAGUGGCAAUCCCAUUAUGCAUCUUGCUGAAAGGACAGGCACCACUAUCCUGGAGCCGGAAGAGGACCAGGCGCUUUUCGACAUCGAGGGGAAGAGGAGAUCCGACUCUGAAGCUAUCGAACUAUCGAGUAAAAUGUGGGAGAUGGUCGUUGAUGCGUUCAAAUACUCCGACGAGCACUCCGCUGACAUCGACCCAGGGGUCAGUCUCUAUGAGUACUUCCAGUCCAAGCUCGACACAGACGAGAAGCUCACUCAACGGCAAAGGGAAGACCUACUCCACGAAGCGCAGAUGUGGGGUCCCUUUGUGGGCGACACGGUCGAGAAACAGAGCCUCAAGUUCUUCUUCUUGGAAGAAUGUAUCGAAGGGGAAAAUGUCUUCGUGGCCGGGACUUACAAGGAUAUCUUGAAGGAAAUCGGCCGCUCUGCGACAGAUAAGGGCAAAGUCGACCUGAGACUAGGGACGGAAGUCGUCCAUUUCGAGACGGGUUCCGACGACAGCGACAAAGAUGAUGGCAAGGUCACCAUCACGGCCGUAUCCGGCGAACAAUCGACCUUUGACGAGGUGGUCAUCACCUGCCCUCUAGGCUGGCUCAAACGGCACCACACAAGGGCAUUCACGCCGGCAUUACCUUCGAGACUGGCCUCAGCCAUCUCCAGCAUCAACUAUGGGCGCCUCGAGAAGCUCUACGUGACGUUUCCGUCGGCCUUCUGGCUAUCUCCCGACGCGGACGGGCAGCCCGACCUGGCCAGCUAUCCUGUGCACACCCACUUCCACGAUCCAGCCUACGUCCCUCACGCAAGCGACGAGGCAUGGAACCAAUCCAUCGUGUCGCUCGCUCAUCUGCCGCCGCCCUGCGCACACCCGACGCUGUUGUUCUACAUCUACGGGCCGUGUGGGACACAUCUCGUCGAGUCCAUCAAGGGCCUCACCACACAUUCGACGGAAUAUAACGCAGUCCUCAACAACUUCGCAUCUGCAUUCUACUCCCGUCUCCCCAACUACAAACCCAGCAGCCCAGGGUGCGAGCCCCGAUCAUUCCUUAUGACAACGUGGCAAGCCGACCCCUUCGCCGGCAACGGCUCCUACUGUAACUUCCAAGUCGGUCUGGAGCGAGGUGACGAGGACAUCGAGGUUAUGCGCGACGCGGGCGGAUUGUGGAAAAAGGGCGUGUGGCUGGCAGGCGAACACACGGCGCCGUUUAUAGCGUUGGGAACCACCACAGGGGCCUGGUGGAGUGGCGAAGGGGUAGCGAGACGGAUUUGCACAAAGUGGGGGAUCAACGUGCCUGGAGACGCGGCGGUGGAGGAAAAUGGGAAUGCUGUUGUACUGGAUGUGAAGAAGAAGGAACUAGACAAAGACAAGGCAGACGCGGCGAAUUUGAGCGGGUUGGCAAUUUGA